CAUGGAUCUAAGUUAGGUCUAUCUAUCUAAUCUCAACAGACAAUGCUAAUCAUGGGAUUCAAUAACCUAUAUAUAAUAUAUUUAGGGUUUCAUGCAUUUUCGUGAAAAAAGAACAGAAAAAAAAAAAUCAAAUUCUUUGUUACGUGAUCAGCAAGUUUCUUUUUAAGACAGCCCUGUGCGUGGCCAGGAAAUGAUUUGAGUCUGAGAAAAAAAUUCGAGACGUUAGACAAAACUAAAUAAUUAUUCAUGGAAUUUCCAAGCUGUAAUCUUACUCUUGAUGAGUUUAUCAAGAACAUAAUGAAGAACCCCGCCGAAGAUUCCGAUAUAAAAAUUAUUCAAAACCCUAGUUAUUCUUCAUCUUCUUCGUAUUCGCCUCCGUCGGCCGAGAAAACUAUACGUCAUGCCGAACAAAAUAAUGCCAAUAGUGCAACGAAAAACCCUAAUUCAUUAUCACAGCCUCAAUUAGAAAUAAGUUCGAAUAAUGGAGGGGAUAUUACACUUGACGAAUUUCUUAUACAAAUUGGAGCCGUAAGAGCUCGGGGAAAUCGAGAGGGCUUAGUUCGUAAUUCCGCGCCUUUGGUGCCGGAUGUGAAUCAACAUGUGGCUAUAAAAUUGGAGCAGCAAAAUAUGGGAUCAAAUUUUCAGGGUUUGGAGAAUAAUAAUAUUUACUAUUAUGAGAAUAAGAGGAUGGAUAUUGAUUAUAAGGAAACGAACCCCGAAACGAUGGCAAUGGAAAAAGGUUCGGAUUCGAAACCCGAAUGUCGAAACGAGCGCAUUUUUAUCAAUGAAAAGAGGCAGAAAAGGAUGAUCAAGAACCGGGAAUCGGCUGCUAGAUCAAGAGCUAGAAAACAGGUUAGUUCUUGUUUCUUGGGGUAAAUUACAAUUACAC